ACACAUGACUGAUGAUAAACUAUGUAGACCACUAGAGUAGUUGAUUGAUUCACGGUUCAGUUACUGUGUUUAUCUCUAAAACAGAGUGCGUGAGUUCUGCCUUCCGUUGUAGCAGGAUAUUCAGUGUUACCGGGGAAAAAUGGCUCCUCAUUUGGGCGGAACAUCCCCGUAGAACGUACUGCAAAAACUUUUCAUCUAUUCCUAUGUAGUCCCUUUCUUAAUUUAUAAGGAUCGAAGGUUAGUCAUGGGUGACCAGUGUUGAUGAGCUCAGAUGUGACGUUAUUAAGUUUGACAAACGAUUGAUCAUUCACAAUGCGGUAAUGCCAGUUGAGUGCAUCACUGUUUGGUUGCUAUGUCCAUUGAUAAACAGGUCAAGAGCAUCUAAAGCAAAAUGUUUACUAAAACAUUCUAGAACAGUCUUUCGAAAAACGUUGGUUCAUUGUGGCACCUUUCCAACUCUUCAUAAAAUACACUAAUACACCAUGGUGUCAGUUAAAAUUAUUUCUGCUGGUCAGUCCUGGGAAACUAUAGAUAAACGACGUAUGUGGAAGGACGGCGCUGACUGCGCUGGGAAAUUGACGUAACAAGGAACGUCUACUGUUAGAAAUCUGCCUCGACUUCAAACCUGUCCAACCGGAACACAUAUCCAAGCAGAAAUGUGAUAUAAAAUUAGACCCAAAUUUCUAAGAGGAUGAAUGACCCUUUCAAAGGAACUUCUUUCGUGUUUAUAAUGGCAGUUAUACAGAUUCAAACAGAAGGCGUGAACAUCGGAAAAUGUUCUUUAGGAAGUUUUACUAAUGGAGGGCUAGCCUGUCAACGGGCAAUGAUGAUAGAACUGAAGCAGAGGCCCUCUAUGUCUUGCAGCCUUGGCCGCAGUGAACUGCAAAUAUGCCUUCGUAAACACGUGGAUCGUUGCGUAAAAGACGACAGUGUUCUGAAGGACAUGGCGGAUCAAAUCACCGAUUUCAUGCUCUUGUAUGCGUACAAUUGUGGGGACGAAGAAGUCAAUACCGGUAAUAUUGGCCCAUUCUUGUGGCUCAUCACCAAAUGCGCACCAGAACGUCUGAAGAAAGCUUACGAGUGCUGGAGAGAAUUCCACUCUGUGUUUAGUCAAUCAAGGAAUAACGUUACUAACGCAUGCAGACCCUACGCCAAAGCGAAAGAGGACUGCAAUACGGUGGCUAGAGCAGCGUGUGAAGGACUCUGCGAUUACUUGAAAAUAGAUGAUUACAACCCCUUCUGUGCUCCCAAUUUCAAAGACCCGGUUAGCGGCACCAACCAGUCAGCUUGCACGGAUCUUCACGCUAAACUGGAAUGCCCCAUCUCGCUUAUUUAUGAAGAGGCCAUGGAAUGUGAAGAUGAAGGAGCUGCUAAAUUUGCCAAUGAAGGUGAUCACACCUGUAGCAAAGAGAAUGAUAGGAACAGAAAAUGCCUCGAAAAUAGACUUGGCACUUGCAGGACAACUAUGAAAAAUAUAGAGGACACACAGAAAGCUCUUCAAGCGACUUUGACUAAUGAGCGCCUGUUUUGCAACAACGUGAGCCUGGACACGAGCGAGCUGCAUCCUAGUGUGUUACCCCUUGUGGAUUGUGAUGACGAGUUCUUUAACGAGGCAGAAAAUUGCGCUAGAACGUUUCGUAAUACCUAUCAAACUUCAACAACGGCGGACCGGCAAAGCGGAGUAACUUGCAGCGUCUAUAUGAAUGAUUAUCAGGAAGCCCGGGAAUGUAUCAACAAUGCUCGAAAAAUUCACUGCAAUUUUCAACAGGAAGUUCUCGACACCACCGCCACCAUAAAUAAUCCCUUCUGUUCUCAUGGCAACACCAAACAUUCAAGUGCAUUGCUCCAGUUGGUUGCCAGCCUUGUGCCGCUCCUUCUCUUUCUUUCAGUAAAAUAAAUGCACUCCUCUGCCUCUCGUUUGAUGAAACUCGACCAGCGGUUUGUUCUCACCCUAAUGAACUUAUGUGAAUAGAGGUAAUGCCAUCGAUAGGAAAACUUAAAGUGUAAAUCUGCUUCGAGACCGCGCGAAACACAAGCCGAAAAAGAUCAGACGCAAAAUAACCUUCAUAGAAUUUACUAUUAAACAAAAAAGAAAGAAAAAAACAUGAUUUGGGGAAAUUUUCUGCUUAUUCUAGUGCACUCUCUUUGU